GUUUCCUCUCCCUCGCUGCCUCCUUCCCUCCUCCUCCUCAGCUCGAAACCUUAUCCCUUCGAGCUCCGUCCUCGACCGCCAUGUCGACCCUCUCCUCCGCCGCCUCCGCCGCCGCAGCGGCGUCCCUCGUCCUCCCUUCCUUCGCCCCGAAGGCGGUGGCCGUCCGCUGCUUCGCCCUCAAGCCCGCUGCCCUCAGGUCCCUCUCCUCCUCUCCUCUGCUGUCCUUCGACUUAGCUCCCCCCAGGGCCGCGGCCGCCUCCUCCUCCUCCUCCCGCUUCCUCCGCCGCGUCUUCGUGUCCUCCGAGGUCGACCAGGAGGAGCAAGGGGAAGAAGGUGGCUUCCUGAGCGAGGAGGACGGCGACGACGAGCGCGGGACGCGCGGCUUCGCCCCCGACCUCAAGCUCUUCGUGGGGAACCUCCCCUUCACCGUCGACAGCGCGCAGCUCGCCGGCCUGUUCGAGAGCGCCGGCAACGUCGAGAUGGUCGAGGUGAUUUAUGAUAAAGAAACCGGGAGGAGCAGGGGUUUUGGGUUCGUGACCAUGUCCACGGCGGAGGAAGUUGAAGCUGCUGCUCAGCAAUUUAAUGGCUAUGAACUCGACGGAAGGCCUUUGAGGGUUAAUUCUGGACCGCCUCCUGCUAAGAGGGAUGGUCCACCACCUAGAAUGGGUAGAGGCGGGUCAAACUUCUCUAACUCCUCUAACUCCUCUAACCGUGUGUAUGUGGGCAACCUCUCAUGGGGUGUGGAUGAUCUGGCACUUGAGACAUUGUUCAGUGAGCAAGGUAGGGUUUUGGAAGCCAAGGUGGUCUAUGACAGGGAGAGUGGUCGGUCAAGGGGUUUUGGCUUUGUAUCUUAUGGUUCUGCUGAUGAGGUUAACAAUGCUAUCGACUCCUUAAAUGGCGUGGACCUGAAUGGAAGGUCAAUUCGAGUCACCCAUGCAGAAGCUAAGCCAAGGCGCCAAUUUUGAGCCUAGGAGGAGGAUUGUUGGACCUGUCACAUUUCAAAUGCUUUGCGUGAAAGUAGAGAAACUCUGGAUCCUAGUCUUUUCAGGAGCCAUGAAGAAGCUAGCAAGUACUUUUCCUCAUGGCCUUGAUGAUCCAGAGUUGCAUCACCGGAGCAUCGUAUUACACAGCCAGAAGCUGCAGCAAAAAUUGCAAGCGGCUCCGAUCUUGAUGGACUGCUUGAUUGGCCUCGUUGACCUCAUAGUAGAGUUUUGAGAGACAUGGAAUGCCAUACGUCGGUGCUUUGUGUGUUUUGGGAUUUUUAUAGUUCCUUUUCAGAACAUGAUCAGUGUAAUCUCUUGUGCAAGAAUUAUCCAGUUGUUUACCCGCUUUUUAAGUAGUAUAUGAUUUCGGUUUCAGAUUUGCGGCGAAA